AAUUAGCAGUUACAAAUUUGAAAUUUUUAGAAAUAUCAAAAGUUGUAUGUUAGUUAAUUAUCUUUUAAAUGAUAUUUAUUUCUAUUUUUUUUUGGAUGAGAAUAUUUUGGCUGAAGUGGAUAGUCUCAAAAGUCUUGAAUUUAGUCCCUUUUAUAUAGUAGGAUAAUAGGAAAAUAUUAUUUAAUAUAUAUGGUGACUUUACCUAAGAUUAGGGUUAGAGCUUUCACGUGGUAAUUCUGAGAGAGAAACACAAAGGGUUUUGGGGUUUCAUAGCUGAGUGAAUUGGUACACUUGAUCAACAGGUGUUGAGUCAAGUAAGUUGGGUUUGUUAGAAAUUGAUCCGUCUCGAGUUGUGUAAUUCGGAUCAAACAAGUCUGUAAGAGAUUGUGUAAAAGAUUUCUAAUAAAAGAUACACGAGUUCUUGGAAUCACUUUGUGCCUUGUGUUUUCGCUGUAUCUCGAUUUUACAACUAAAGCCCACAGAACAGGCAACUAGAACCCAUACAGGGCAGCUUAUAUAAUCAAGGAGCAAGAUCACACACAUACAUUACUACAAAAGAAAAUUCCAAACCCCCCAUGAUAGUAGUACACUAAGCUUGCAAUAGCUUUUGAACGAGAUUUAUCAUUGUCGCCCUCGGACGACCGAACAAUAACAUCAACCUCUACAACACCGAGAGCACACCUCUCCAACCAACGAAACCAGACUUUAUAACCCGGCAAGAUAGAUCCGCUCUAGGACCACAUUCUCUUCCGGAUACGGCAGCGACACAACUUCAUUGCGUCCAAGCUACGCCUCAAUAAAAGCCUUACAAAGAACACUCCAAUCUCAACAGAUCUGGAGAUCAAUGAGGUCAAACCCGUUAGCGACCACCAACCACACAACAAGAGGCCGGUAGCUACAAACUGGAAAUCGUUCACACCAUCAUCAAAACCCGAAAACACUACAAGCUUAUGACCAAAAAUCACCAAAGGGUCCACUAAUUUUCUGAGAGAGAUAACAGCCAAAAAGAUAUCUAAACUUCAUGAAACGCACAUAACUAAAAAUAAAACUAGAUCUACUUGCUGGAUAAGAAGCCGGAACAGAGCCCACAGCCUUUAGAGACAAGAUCCACAAGACUCGUUACCACCACCCCCACAACGACCCGUUUCAGACGAAGAACCAAGGACGAGUGUUUCACGCGCACUUCACGCGCCUACACGAACCGGACCGUGCGGUUAAACGGAGGCGGAUAGAUCUGAGCCUUCAGGAUAGGAAGCCACUGGUAGGGUCGAGAGAGUCACUGCUGCAUCAUCACCUCUUCAGAUCUAAGGCUCAAACACCAACAUUGAACCGGAGCUCAAACGGUGGACCGUUGCUUCAUCAUACAACAAGGAGACCGAGGACUUAACAAAGAAACAGAACACAAGGACAGGCUCAACGCCGUGGCUCGAGAGCCAACGGACGCCGGCCAAGCAGAAACCACCGGCUGAGUUUUCUUCUUCGGGGGAGAGAGGAGAGAGCGUUUAGGAAGAGAUAGAGUUUUUUUUUAUUUUUUUGUUAUCUAUAAUAUUUUUAUUAGUUUCGCUUCUUAUUCGUUCUUUUCUUGUGUCACUCUUUAAUUUUAUUUUCCAACUUGAGUCAACGUCACCAUUUAUUUGUAUAUUAGAAGAGAAAAUGCCAAACAUAAAUAAAACAUACAAAUAUAACUAGGGUAAAACCCUCCCUUCGUAUUUAAAUAUAUUUAAAAUGUUUAAUUCAUUUCUAGCUAAAAGUUAAAUUAAUUUUUAUAUUUUUAUCACGUCAAAUUUUUCUAUUUAUUUUAAAAACCAUAAACUUAGUUAAAUAUAAUCUAAUUAUUUUACAGAUAAAAUUACAAAUCAUAAAAUAUAUUUUUUUAAAGUUUGUUGUAAUUUAGUUUCUAACGAUAUGUCACUUCGACUAUUUUUAACAAAGAAAAACUUAACUAAUAGUUGUAGUGUUAAUCUAAAUCUAAUGUUAUAUUUUCAAAAAUUGCCGUUCACUUUUAUACACAAUCCACACACAAAAAGUAAAAGAGUAUUAUCGUAAAUUAAGCUUGUUAUCAUCUGCUUUUGUCGUGGAAAUUCAUCCUCUGUCGAUUCGAAAGAACCAUUUUUUUUUUUCUUCAAGAAAAGUAGUGAGUUGGAGAAGAAUUUGGAAGUCUUUUCAAGCGUUUUCAUCGCAUAGUUUUCUCUUCUCCUUCGCCUUUCUUCUCGCUCUCAAGUUUGAUCAUGUUCUUUCUCAAUCAUGGUGGUCAGUUUCUUUCUUUCUUUUUACGUAAUUUCAGUCUUUACUUCUCUUUGGUAUAUCCAAAGUUGGGAUAAUUAUCUGCAUCAGCUGAUGGGUUUCUUUGAUAUUGAGUUUUGACUUAAGUUUAGUUUGGGUAAGGUACAAACUAUAAAAAUUGGAUCCUUGUAUGUUUAGUGGUGUCUAAAGUAGAAGUCUUUAUCAUCCUUUGGCUCUGUUUUUUUUCCUGCAGAUUUAUAUUUACACCUUUAUGGCUGUUUCAUGCUGUGAUUUCUCGUGGUAGAUUUUGUUGUCUGCUCCAUCUAUGACAUCUUUUGUGGUUAUCACCUUUGCUCUUUGUUAGCAUCAUGUUGUUUGUAUCUUUUAAGGUUCUGGUUUGUGGCACUGGGCUCCUUUUCAUUCUGUUAUGGCAACACCACUGCUUGUUGCUUUUGAGAUCCUGCUAUGUGUACAUCUUGAAGAUCAAUAUGGUACCCUUUAAGUUGUAAUAUUAAUCGCGGCUGGUGUGUUUGUUUAUGAUAUAUUUGGUUGUGUCCCUGACUCCUUGUGUUGCAGUUGUUUAUGAAAGAUUUGGUUGUGUCCUACCGUUGCUUGCGUUCGGGUAGCAAUUUUGGGACUAGACUUGGUUUCUUAGUUAUUAUUCAAUACAGCUUACCAUCAUUCGAAAAAGUUGUAACUCGUUAUGUUUUCUUUUCUUUUUGUUCUUAAGGAAGAAUGAUUCUUGCUCAUUUGUUUGAUGAGCUGAAAGGACUGAAAACAAUCACGUGUAUGAAUGGGUGGUCUGAGAUUAUUGGAGAUAAAAUGAUUCUUAGGAGUUAGACUCUUUUACCAACAUGUGUACUUGUGACUAUUUUACCUUCAAUAGCUCAUUCUGCCAUAUGAGUCAUGAUGGGUAUUGUCCCAUUGCAGAGACAUUUGUAGCCAUGUGCUUGAGAGCGAGAUUAGCGGUCCCUUCAUAUAAAAAUAUUUAGAAAUAAUAAAAAUGUAAAAUUGUACAUUUUUUAGAUAGAUGCCCUGUUCAAAAACGCGGCCGCCUAGCCGUCCGCUACCCGGACAUCUCCUGCAGCAAUUUUGAUACAAUCGCCAAACAAAAUGGGACGCCAAUUAGAAGACCCAUUUAACUGAUUAGGCAGCCCAUUAACCAAUUAGGUGGCCCAAUCAAUAACUAAUCGGUCAAAUUAUAUAAACCUAAGUUAUAAGUUGUUAAAGUAUAUAUUGGGCUAUAGAAGAAUUAUGAAGCCCAAUUACUUUACCCUUUCUAUAGUAUCUGAAAUAUAUAUAUAUAUAGAGUCAGAUUUUGUCUCCUUUUUCAUCUAUAACCGAUGUGGGACUUUUGAACAUCAAUACUAACAAUACGAAAAUAAAUAAAUUGCAGUCAAGAAGCAUUGAACCCAGGUUAUUCGGUGCAGAACAUGAGACUUAACCACUAGAAAUAAACGAAUCUUUGGUAGUAGAAUGCAGAGCUUAAUAUAUAGACAUAUACAUAUAAUAAACAUUCAAAAACUAGUCUAGAAUAAUUAGUUUUUCAAAUGUAUGGUAUUAACAUAUGCUAACAAAUAAUUUUGUUCAACCAAUAAAUAUAAAUUUCUUUGAUAACAUACAAAAAACUAUUACAUUCUAAUAUAUUUAUAUUUUAUAUUUAAGUUAAACAUUAUAAUAAAAUAAUAAUAAAACUAAUCCCCGCAUAUACCCCGCUUAUUCUCCAAAUUUUUGAUAACUCACUAAGCCCGGAGUGGCCGCCCGACUAGCGCCUAGCAUAGUUCCGAACAGAGGAUAGAUGUUUAAUGUAGUAUUUUUAUUUCUUAUAUUGUAUAUUUAAUAAAAAAUAGAAAAAUAUAUGUUUAAUGUAGUAUUUUCAUUUCUCAUAUUGUAUGUUUACUUAUUAUUAUUUGUUCUUAUAUUGUAUAUUUAGUUAUUCUCUUUUUUUUUUUGUUUUAUAUCAAAUGGUAUUGUUACGAUUGUUGUUUAAUGUAACAUUUCUAUUUCUUCUAUUGUAUAUUUACUUAUUUUUUGUUUUUCUUAUAUUGUAUAUUUAGUUUUUCUAAUUUUUUGUUUUUAUAUCAAAUGGUAAUAUUACAAUAUAUGUUUAAUGUACUAUUUCUGUUUCUUCUAUUGUAUAUUUACUUUUUCCUUAUUUUUUUCUUAUAAUGUAAAAUACUACAUGUUCUAUUAGCAUGUAAGGCUUACUGCACAAGAAAUCAACAUCAAUCUUCAUUUUUCCAAAUAAUUCGUCUUCACCAUAUGUCGCAUAUUUCAGCUUCUUUAGUAAUUUAUGUGUUGAUGAUUUGUACACCAUUAUAUAAUUCUACUAGGAGGUUGUCCGCGCUUCGAGAAGAAUAUUGUUUUAUUGUUCUUAAAUAUGAUUUUCUGAUGACGUGGUCAGUAUUUAUUUUUGAAGAGCAUUAUUUGAUGUUUUAUUAUGUUAUGUAGUAGUAGGUAAUAAGUUAAUAUAUUAUGUUUUUGUCUUUUUAAUAAUGUGUUGUUGUAUGCAUAAUACUACUUGUUAGUGGUGAAGUGAGUUUCUGAUGUAAAACAUAUUGAAUUUCAAUAACUUUGUCUUAGGCAUUUGUUGAUUUUAAGAUUAACAACAUCAAAAUUGUAUUUUAAUUUUCCACAUUUUUGAAUAUUUCUCUUUUAAGUGUUUUUUCCACUCUCUCCCAUCUUUUGGCCUUGAGCCAUCACCAUCUAUGUAUUUCGUUUACCUCUCUUGUGUGCAGUGCUUCUCACCGUCACUCAGAAAAGACUCACUUCCAUGCUCUUGUUUUUCCUCACCUUCUUUUCAUGUGAUAUUAUCUGGUAUUUGUUAUAGAUCAUGCAUAUUAGUUCCAUGUUGUGCGGUUGUUUCUUACGGCGUUGUAUGUUAUUUCGGUCAGUAUUGGUCCUCUUUUUCCUUAGGUUUUGGCUACGAUUAGAAACUACAUAUCGCUGGGUUGGGUCAGAGUUUAGUUGUCAUUGAUGUUGUUUUCCUCGUUGCUGGUUUGGCGUCAAUAGUCUCUGUUCGUCAUGGUUUUCAAGACGGGUUUUUGGUGAUCUAACUUCUAUGUUCUUUUUAAUAGCUCGAGGAUGGCUCCACGGUUUCUUGAUUUCAUUUUGUCUCUUUUUAUCUCUUUGUUAUCUCAUCUUGUUGCACCUUUCAUCGGUGAUCACGUCUCUUGUGGCUCUCUCCCUUUCGCCAUAUUUGCUACUCCAGGUUUGGAUAGUGUUUUUUUUUCUGUGUAUGCUUUGUACCUUUGGAAGGUUGUUUAUGGUCUCAAGCUUAAGCUUUGGUUUCUCGGUGGUUGGCUUCCCUUCUCCCUCACUCAGUUUGUGUAUCUUCUUCUCAUGCAUCCGUUAACGUUAGUGUAGGUGUGCAGAGUUAUUCUUUUGGAGCUUUGGUUUUUUUCCAUUUAGAGUUUUGUGAUUCUUUCCAGGCAUGAGCGCUUUCUAUGUGCUUGUUUAGUUUGUGAGGUGCUCUCUUAGCUGGUGGUUGUGCUUCCGGUGCUUUAGACAUGCGUCCUUUUUUCUCGUGGUGACUUUGUUCUUCCGAUGAUUUUUUUUUCUGACCCGUUUUUUUGGUUUAUUGCGCUGGUGCUUGAUCGCGAUCCUUUGUGUUCCGGGGAUUGCUUUAUCUCAUAUUUUAUCUUUUUACUUUUUUCUGAAAUCUUUUUGUUCUACCCAAGACAUUCGAUGGUAAGAUGAGAUAGGUUAGUCUUCUUUGUUGAUUUUUUUUAAGCUCCAAACCUUUAUUGAGUUAGUGUUACUAUGGUAUUUUUUUUUCCUCUGAGUGUGGAAGUUUUAUAUUUAGAUUAUGUAUUGCACUCUAAUUUUUUCUUAGUAGUUUGGUCAUUUUAUAUUUUUAAUAGUUAAAUAAAUAUAUAAUUUAUAAAAUUAAAUAAUAGAAAAUGGUAAAAAAGUAGUAAAAUAACAAAAAUUUAUGCAAUGUUUAGUUGUGAAUAAAUUAAAUAUGUAAAAUAUAUUUCUAUUAUUUUAUUUAUUUCUUUAGUCAUCUUGAAUUUUAGUGAACAAUAAAACAGAUUAUCAAACUUCAUACGAUAAUAGUUAGUGCGAAAAUGAUUAGAUAGUUCACGAUUAGAAAGUACUUGGCCAAAUCUAUUAUAUAAUAGGAGAGUUUCUCUCCCCCUGAUGCGACACGUCAGCGGUCUGUGGGUCCCACUUUUUAAAAGUGUGAAAAAAUGUCAAAUAUAUGGCUCGAACCCAGGUUAUUGAAAUAUAAACAUCCACAAUUAUACCACUGCACUAAAGGAUACUUUGUACAUUGAUGGCCGAAACUAAUAUAUAUUAUGAAGGUCGGAAACUAAUAUAACAUUAUGGACCCCACCUUUUUUUUUAAAAUUGAUGGGUAACGAAUGGACUUCGACAAAAUGGGCUUUGGGCUUAUUGAUUUUCUGUUUAUUAGGCUUUGUAUCUGUCCAAAGUGGUGAUACAGACAAAGCUAAGAAGAUUAGGAAAGCCGCCAUCUUCACCAUCUCCUUCGUCGCUUGCGAUUCCCCUUCUGGCAAUCAGUUAUUAUGGUCGAUCUUUAAGGCUCUACGCACGUUUUGCGCCUACCAAACGCUUAGUUUCUGCUCUAACGCCUUCAGAGCUCUCAUAUAUAUAGAAUCCCUCGAGGUAUAAGCUCCAUCUUGUCUCAAACUUUUCUUUCUCAGUUUUCCGUUCGCUUUACUUUCUCACAUCCGUCGCGAAAAUGACUUAUCCAGCUGCUCCAGCCGCUUCAGCCACCAUUGCCGCCGUUCCCUUCUCCACCUUCAACUCUCUCCGCCUUGGAAGGUCCACUCAGUCCAUUGUUGGUCGGCUCAUCCGAUUCUAGGAUUCCAGGAACAUUAACAAGAAUGGAGAGUUUAUGGGCAUCACCAUUCUCCUCCUUGAUGAACUGGUGAUGAUUGUUUCUAACUUAUUUUUUAUAACUUUAACUCUGCUUUGCUUAUUCUUUGUUCAUAUAUGAAACGUGUCUUCAUGUUUUUGUUUUGGUUUUGUCUAUGAAUUUUUUUAUGAACAACUAAUGAUUUUUCUAUGUUUUUCUUACAGGAUUCUGUGAUCCACGGUUUCAUCCCUGCAAUCUCCAAACAAAACAUGAAAACUGAAUGAAUUAUGUUUUUAGCAACCGAAUCUAAAAGAAAUAAAAGACAUCUUACUUAAUAAAUUAAAACCUUUUCUUUUGCAGAUUCCAACGACGAUGAAGCACCCGAGGACCAACGACAAUGGAAUGAUGCGGACGAAGCCUAACUGAUGGAUCCCACAGGUGAUGCUGUCCCGACAACGGAGAAAAAAAAAGAAAGAACCUAACGGUUUUUUUAUUUUCAGUUUUUAAGUUCAAAUCAUGUUUUAGACAUAGAACCCAACAUAAUUUGAGCCCAAACAUUUUAAACCCACAAUUACUUUUUCAUAAUGUAAAAACGUCAACCUUCGUUUAUGUUUUGUUAAACUAUUUUAAUCUUUAUGUUUUGUUAAACUAUUUCACACAGGGGGCAGAUCUCCUUAGAAGGGGAGCCACUUGCCACGAUGCUUCCAGUUUCACCAUUCUUGAAACUCUUAUGAACCACAAAGCCAAUAUAAGAGCUCUGUUUCAAUCCAACAGCUGGAUUUUGUCACAGACCACCGCUAAGUCUGAAGAGAGAAGAGAAGUGAAGUGCUGCGUUUUGGAAGAUGGUUACUUGGAGUUUACAAUAUGAAGAUGGAACCCGUGACGAGGAAGACGAGGAGAAGUGUUACUUGGAAUAUCCUAACGUUGAGGAUGUAGACAAUGUGUGAUCUUAGCGAUGAAGAUUAGUGUAGCUUUAAUAUAUGCUACUACGGUCCUUGAGCUCCCUAACAAGUACUAGCAAACAAUGUGUAUUUUGAAAAAAUAAAAUAAUUUUGUAAUGCAAGUAGUUUGAAACUUUGAGUAUUUAUUCAAACAACGGAUAUAUACAGAGUUGAUAACUUGAUAUGGACCCCCAAAUAAGUUGGUGCUGCGCUGUCACAAUAUCUGUCUUUUUAAUUUCAUAUACCUGACGUAAGCUUCUUCAUUUUCUUCUCUUUCCCUUUCCGUUGUUCCACGCUCUCUGUUUCAUGUUUAGGCCUUUUUCACAUUCUCUAUAUUUUACCUUAAUUAUACUUUUUGAAUUUUCCUUCUGUUUUGGGAAAUGUCUCUAACUUGAGUUAAUCGUCAAAAGCUAGAAUCAAUUUUGUUGUCUUAUUUCCGAUAAAUUUUAUUCUUUGAUUUGCAUAAAUUUUAAAUAACACUAACAUUCCGUAAAUCAUACCACCCCAUCGAUAUCCAAAGUAACCAGCCCCGCGCUUGCGCGGGGUCUCAGCACCUAGUUGUAAUAAUGUAAUAGAAGGACCUAAAAUAUAAACAAAAUACAUGGACGACACGUGUCGCAAAAACUCCCUGCCACUUGUCAGAAGAAGGAAAAAACUAACUUAUAUAUAUAUAGACUUGUCCUUUGAAAUAUCAAUAAAAUCUGUUUAGACGUUAAAAAGCUUAUUAAGUUUGAUUCUUAUUAUUUUAUUGGGGUUAAUUUGCUGAGUAGCCAAUUUCUAAAGAUAAAUUAAAAAUAUAACGGUUAUUUUGACAUUAUUAAUUCACUAAUAUUUAGCUCACGAUUGAGUUGGUUAUACUCUUCCCAUUUGAAAGUACUCGAUAACAUAUAGAUAGAAUGGAUGACGUCUUCGCUUCAAGGUAUAAACAUGAUUGAAACACCGCUAUUUUCUAUCAAAUCACGUAAUACUGCUGACGUCACUCACUUAUUUACUGCAUACUUUUAUAUUGUAGGCAGUAAAAUGGAUUGUUAAAAAAGGAUGGUGCCAUCUCAAAUGAGGAAUGGCAUGGAUUCACGCUUUAUGGGACCACACUGAUUGUGCCUGAAACAACCUGGAAUAUACAUCCGCGUGAUUUGAAAGUACAUGAGUGUUCUAUUCAAUAUCGCUCAAGUGGUAUAGGACUCCAACCCCAACCCCUAAAUACCAAACCUUGUCCAACCCGAAUCCCAAUUUCUAAAUACUAAAAUCUAAACCUUAAUCACUAAAGUGUGGACUUUAACUCGAGAUGCCCCUCCCUCUCCAUUAGAAAUGCUGAUUUCACCCUGUAAUAAAAAAUAAUAUAUUUUUUAUUUUUUUUUAAAUAUAAAAUCGGGUAAAUCGUGGUUAAAGACGCUAGGGACCUUAAUGAAACCAACUUAUUACCAACCCGACCUGCUCUACCCGACCCAACCAAACUGAACCGGAUCCUAUUCUCUAAACGAAGUGUUUCGUCUCUCUCCCUCUCUACCCGACCCAAUCUAAAUCCCGUCUCGUCCCUCUCCGGCUUCUCUCUUGCGAUUGCGCGAAACCCUAGCCUCCGUGCGUUGUGGCUUUCUCCGUCGUCCUCCUCCGUCUAAAUCGAGAAUCAAUCAAUCUCUCCGUGGACGUCCUCUCUCCCUCUUAUUUCUCGGGUCUCAACUCUCUAGAGUCGAGAACUGCUUCGUUUCUUCUUCUUUCUCCGACGAAAUCUAGUCUCCAUCUUCGUUCCUUUUCGUAAGUGAGUAGUUUCCUUUGAGUAUUACAUUGUUGAGAUGUAAUAAUUGAUGUUUGCUAUGCGGUUUGCAUUUGGAUUAAUUGACAGUGACUUGUUGUGUUUUUAACAGCGUUUCUAAUUUCUUGUACAGGAAAUGAAGGGCCGGAAAAGAAAGAAUCCAUCUACUACGUGCGUUGGAGUCUCCAGUAGAACUAGAGCUAGAAAGGCGGUCUCAGCUGGGAAUGAGCCGGCAAGAGAAACGACUGUAGUUUCUCUCUCUGUUGAUUCAGAAAGUGAUGACAUGUCUGCUGUAUCAUCUAAGGCAAGGCAACCACCACAGCCCCUUGAAUUAUGCUUCAAGAGCACAGAGUUCACGAAGACUUGCAAGAUUCAAACCAAGUGCCUUGUGAAGAAUACAGUGGACGUGAUUAAGAAGCUUAAGGAGGAGGUUAAAUGGUUCACAACCCAUCCUCAAUUUCGUCACUUCUUCCACAUGCCUGAUGAACAAUACCUGAAGCUCCAAGGAAUGUGGAUGUUACUCUUGCGCACCAUUUCGACUGAAGAAGAAGAUGUUGCAUGGUUUGGUGUGAAUGGUGUUCCCAUCCGCUAUUCUAUGAGGGAGCAUGCCCUCAUCUCGGGCUUAGACUGCCAUGAGUAUCCGAGGAAAUAUUUGAAGCUCGGGAGUACGAAGUUUGUGGAUUAUUACUUCGGUGGACUAAAGAAGAUCACCAUAACAGAUGUGGAGCACAAGCUGUUGUCUAUGAAGACGCCAUGCAAUGAUAGAUUGAAGAUGGCUGUCUUGUUCUUCCUUGGUCGGGUUAUCAGAGGACAGGCAAAGGAUUGCGGACCAGUAGACCCGUUCAUCUUAAGGAUCGUGGAAGAUUUGGAUGUUUGCAGAACAUUUCCAUGGGGUCGUUUGACAUUUGAAGAUGCAAUAAAGAACAUCAAGCAUAUGAUGGAGCUUCUGAAGGGUGAAGUGCACUCGGCAUGCGGCUUUCCUGGAUUCAUAAUUCCAUUAGAGAUUUUGGCUUUUGAAUGUAUUCCUAAGCUGGGGAAAACAUUUCGACUAUCUACAGACACACCUUCUGAAGAUUGUCCUAGGAUGUGCAAGAGCCGGUUUACAAAGAGUAGCAUGAAGGGCUAUCCUUUGGAAGAUAUAUAUGCUGCACUUGGACACACAAAGGUUAUUAACAGUGUGUUGGUGCCAACUGUGGGUGAGGAAAUCAUGCUGGCUCGUAUAAUUGAUGAGGAGCGAGAGUAUCAUUGUGAGGGAAGCACAAGUGAUACUUGGAACCACUGGCUAAAUGUGAAGCAGAAGAAGAUAUUUUGGAAAGAGCUAUACGACUUAGAUGUUGCUGCACGAGUGUUUAAGAAGAAGAAGGACAAAGAAAAGGUGACGUUUUUAGAAGAUUCGUCUUCUAAAUCUGGGUUGGAGAGCUUGAAAGCUCUGGAAGAAAAGAUUUUGGGGGCCAUGAGUGAAGGGUUUUCUGGUCUUAAAUCAGUGGUGGAGGCAAAGCUGGGUGAUAUGGAUGUGAGGAUGAGUAAAUUUGAAAAGAACCAGCGACAACUUAAAAGAAGGGCUAAGAAAAUAGAAGAAAAGCUGACUUCUAUUGAGAGCAACAAAAAUGAGGAGAGGAACUAUGGUGAAGAUAUGGAUUUUGGAUGGGAUGAUAGAGAUUAUGGUAGAGCUGAAGGGAAGGAAAACAGUGAGAAGGCUAAGGAAGACAAGGAAAACAGUGAGUCUGGCGAGGAAAAGGAUGUGGUCUCGGGUGGGGAAAACAGUAAGGAUGGUGAGAAAGACAAGGGAAACGUGGAGGAAGAAGAAGAGAAGGAGAACGAGGCUGAUAAAACAGAGCUGGGAACUAGAGAAAAAGAUGAGGUCUCUGAAGAAGAUUACGAUACUGAGGAAGAGGCUGAGAAGAGGAGAGUAGAGGCGGAUGCGUUAUGGAAGAGUAUUCUUUCUGAAGAGACUGAGUAUCUAGAGAAAGAGGCUGAGAAAGUUGCCAAGGGAACUCCUACACCACCACGUGGUAGACCGAAGAGAUUGGCCGCGAGAAAAAUAGUACUUACACCACCAGAGGAGUUUUUAAGAGGACCAACGGUAACUGCGCCAUCACCUAUCGAGACUGAAAAAGAGGCUGAGACAGUUGUCGAGGAAGAGGGUGAGGAGAUGACAGUUGAAGCCGAAGAAAGUGACGAGGAGAGUCUCACAGAAAAAAAUGCUGAAGAAAUGGUGGAGGAAGAAGAAGGUGUGGAGGAGAGUCCCACCGAGAAAAUAGCCGAAGAAAUGGUGGAGGAAGAAGAAGGUGUGGAGGAGAGUCCCACCGAGAAAAUAGCUGAAGAAAUGGUGGAGGAAGAAGAAGGUGUGGAGGAGAGUCCCACCGAAAAAAUUGCUGAAGAAAUGGUGGAGAAAGAAGAAGCUGUGGAGGAGAGUCCCACCGAAAAAAAUGCUGAAGAAAUGGUGGAAGAAGAAGCUGAGGAAGCAGAGGAAGCAGAGGAAGCAGAGGAAGCAGAGGAAGCUGAGGAAGCAGAGGAAGAGGCGGAUAAAGUGGUUGAGAAAGAGGCUGAGACAGUUGUCGAGGAAGAGGGUGAUAAAUACACUGAUGAAGAAAAGCAAAUGUGGGCCUUGGUCGUUUACAAGGCUAGUGAGGAGAUGGCGGAUGGGACCACUGAGGUGAGGAGAGAUGGAACCAAUGAGGUGAGGACAGGGUUCAAGCUUAGGUGCAAACAGAAGAUAAUGAUGUAUGGCAAACCAAGGGGGAAGAAAAAACCUCAGCGGCCCCAGAGUCAAGAAUCAGCACCUGUGAUUGCACGUACGCCAAGGGAGAAGAGAAAACCUCAGCGGCUGCAGAGUCCCUACACGCAGGUGAAGACAGAAGACAUUGACGGGCCUAAGAAGAAGCGUAAAACAAAGGUUAAGUAGGCGUCUGAAAAUUAUUUAUGUAUUUGAAGUCUUUAAAACUUGGUAGGAUGCUUUUGGAUGUAAUAUGCUUUUGGGUGUUUAAACUUGGUUGUGGUAUGCUUUUGGAUGUUUAAACUUGGUUGUAUAAUGUGUUUUGGAUGUUAAAAAACAGGUUUGGAAACUGUUUUCAA